UAAAACCCAAGCUUGACGUCACAGAUAUUAGCUGUCAUCUCUUUCCAUCUUUCCCUCUCUCAAUGAAUACUCCUCUUCCCUCUAUUUAUAACCUAAUUCGUAAUAGCCCUUUUCUCUCACAAUUUCUCUUCAUGCACUUGUAGUUUUGUUACCUUGAAAAAAACCCAAAUCCAAAAUCCCUUACUCGUUUUGAUAUGCUUGGUCUCGAAGCCUUAACCAUAUGUCCAAAGAAGAGCCAAACUGAAAAGCAUUGCAAUUCUUGCAUGAUGAGUUCAAGCGUCGUUUCCCUAUCGGCUUCUUCUUUGAUUGGUGAUUAUAUUGGCAUGGAGAGUUGCUUUGAUCUGGAAAAUAACAAAGAGGUUUGCCUUGGUGUUAAGAAAGAUAAUGAGUAUUCUGGGGUUUGCAGUCGAAGUCGUGGGAAGCGAGAACAACGGUGUAGGAGGAUGAUGAAGAGAGAGUUUCCUCCGCCAUUAACGUGGCUUGUUCGCACCGAGAAUCUGCCUUCUCAUAUGCCUUGGGUGUUGAAAAGGUAUUACACUAGUGAUGGGCGGUUGAUUCUUAGAGAGGAGAAGGUGAGACACCAUGAAUAUUUCCGGGCUCACCGAUCCAAUGGUCGUUUAACAUUGCAUCUUGUGCCCUCGGAUGACAACGAUGAGAUUGAUGAUAUUGAGGAUCAUGAGAUUCAUCAUGAAGAAGCAAAGGUCGAAGAGGCUCAAGUCAAUGGUUUUGACAACGACAGCAACAAUAUUAACAAUGCCGAGGAUGAUCACAAGAUUAAUAUUGUUGAAACUUUGCUUAAAGACAACGACAUUCCUUUGAUUGAAGAUUCAAUACUGAAAUGUUCAAUUGCUGAGACUCCAAUUGAGAAUGUUAUUGCAGCAAAUGGAGGAAUAUGCUUGAACUACUGCAGUGUAAGACCAAGUCCUACAUGUUUUAUCAAGUUGCCAGUGCCAGCAAUCAGGCCAGUGCACAGUUAAUUAGGUAGCAAAACCUUCUCAAAAGGAGAAAAAAAAUGAGGUGUCACUUUCAUAAGAUAAAUGGAAAUGCGUAUGGUUGAGUAGCUUUAGUCUUAGAUUCCUUCUAUUUUUCCUUCUAUUUUCUCUUUUUUACCUUUCCCCCAAUUUUCCCCUUUUGGGGUGGCCUUCUUCGUUGAUGUGAUGAGAGUGAGUUGUCCUUUUCAUGCCUUUUGUAAGGUCAGUGGUAGAGGUUUCAAAGGGUAUUUUCUUUG